GGGGAGCAGGAGGAGGGGGAGGAGGAGUCUGGAGCCGCCUUCGAGUCGCGGACUCGGCUUCUCGGCCCUCCUUUCGCUACUGUUCGCUCGGCGCUGAGAAGCGGCUGGGCCUGCGGUUCCCGCGGCUGGCAAGGCGGCGAUCGGCAAUCCGCUGCCCCGGUGGGAGGCGGGGGGAAUCACAGAGGGAGCCUCGAACCUUUGCAAGCGCUGCGCCCUCGCUCGCCUCUCCUGGCCUGGGCUCUUUCUCCAUGGCCGCGGGCUGUAAGGACGGCCCGGGGCAAGAAAAGUACCGGCUGGUGGUGGUGGGAGGCGGCGGAGUGGGCAAGUCUGCGCUCACCAUCCAGUUUAUCCAGUCGUACUUCGUUACAGAUUAUGAUCCCACAAUUGAAGAUUCCUACACAAAGCAAUGUGUAAUAGAUGAAAGGGCAGCAAGAUUAGAUAUUCUAGAUACAGCAGGCCAAGAAGAAUUUGGAGCCAUGCGGGAACAAUAUAUGAGGACCGGGGAAGGCUUUCUGCUUGUCUUUUCAGUCACAGAUAGAGGAAGUUUUGAAGAAAUUUAUAAAUUUCAAAGACAAAUUCUUAGAGUAAAAGAUCGUGAUGAGUUCCCUAUGAUUCUAGUUGGAAACAAAGCUGAUCUGGACCAUCAGAGACAGGUAACACAGGAGGAAGGUCAGCAAUUAGCACGGCAGUUGAAAGUAACCUAUAUGGAAGCUUCAGCAAAAAUACGGCUCAAUGUAGAUCAAGCUUUUCAUGAACUUGUCCGAGUUAUAAGGAAAUUUCAAGAACAAGAAUGUCCUCCUUCCCCAGAGCCAACGAGGAAGGAGAAGGACAAGAAAGGGUGCCACUGUGUCAUCGUCUAAAGAUCCUUUAAAACAAGCUAUCGACUGCCAGAUUAAUUCCCCUCACUUUUCUUCCUGUGUGUCUUGAUGUUUUGUCUUGCUUCAUGUGUGCAUGUUGUAUAAAUGGUCACCAAAAUAGCCUUAGUUGGAAAGAAUCAGACUGGUCCAGACCUAGAAGACACCUUAGUCAUCUCACAUCAGAGGUCAAUACACUAAGGCUUCUUUUAAUGCUCCCAAAUUCUUUUUCCUUAUGUCAAGAAAAUUGCACUUUGUGGAGUUUUAUUCACAAUGGACAAAAGGUAGUUUUAGGAAUCUAUUGAAGCUUAAAAUGGUAUCUCCCACCACCCCUCCCCAGUGAGAUCUUUGUCGAUCAUACUCGAAAGAGAGUGAGUUCUCUAAUCAAUAUGUAGAGUAUUUUUUUAAAGAGUAGAUUGGAGGUUUUACCCUUUGAUUAGAUUAGGCAACAAAAUUCAGCCUGCCUUACAGGAAGCCAAUACACUGAAUUUCAUUGGCAAAGUUUUGUGUUACAGCUCUUGUUUAUGCUGCAGUUUUUUCCAGUGCUCAACCGUCUACUGUAUUUAUUUUAUGGCUCCAGCAAUAGCUACAGGAUUAUUAGUAUUACAGCUUUAUGGCCAAAUACCUGGGCUCAUUAUGGACUGGAGCAUUUUAGUUUUAAAUAAUGUUACAUCAUGGUUUGGAAUAAAAUUGUGUCUUCCUUUUGUAUUUCCAAGUAGGAGAUUCCAGAAAAGUUAAUCUGUAGCUUUUGUUUUCCAUGUAAUAUAAAAAGAGGAUUUUGCUCUUUCCAUUGUCAGAUGAUUAAAUGUUUUUUGCUAUAUACUUUUAUACAUUAUUUUCCUAUCAAACUAGUUAACAAGUAUUUUUAUAUGUUUGUAAGCAAAUAUGCUUUCACAGCAUAAGUUGUGUAUAUGUAAAGAUGAGUAUUUAAUUCUCACAGUAUACUUUCAACUGAUGGAACUACGUAAUGCAAGAAUUGUAGAACUGUGGUAGAACCUCUUUCUUGUUCCAGCUUUACUGAAUGAUGGCAGACAGAUGCCUGCCCAAUAUACAGUAGCCAUUAUCGUAUCAUGUUUUUCAAAACACCCUUCCGUAUGCUUCACAAAUGACUGACCAUUAUAUAACUAUUAAACUGUACAAGUGUUUAACUGAAUGUUCAGUUCAGUGGGCAAUAUCCAACUUUAAAGUAUGCUAACUAUGGUUAAGAAUUUUGGGUUUACUCUGUGGGAUUACAUACUUAAUGGUAUUGAUAGUUUGCCAUUUUCUGAAAUUGUAAAUGAGUGCCAUACUGAUUAUUUCACAAAGUUUGAUUAUUUGAUUAUUCAGUAUAGUCUUAAGUAACAUUAGACUGAUUUUAAGGCGAUAAAUGACAGGUCCAUAAUGGGGAGGUGAAAAAGACCUCAAAUAAUCAUUUUCAGGCUGAAAUUACUUAAAAAGCAGGCCAGUCAGAAUGUUCCAAAUUCAUCUAUAAUAUAAAACUGAACAGAGUUGCUUUAUAAUUUAAAUUAUGUUUGACCAUAUACUGAACAAAUUAUUGAAACAGAACUUGAGCAUGAAAUAUUUUAGAACUGCACACACAUUCACAGCACAAUUGCAGUAGGAGGCCAUGGUUCUCCUUAAUACAGCUUCUGGUACUGUAGUUACAUAUUUAUAAAAUAAAUAAAACCUCCACUCCCUGUGACAUUAGGGACACAUUCAUAUAAUUCGGGCAACAGUAUGGAAAUGAUGUGCCACUGCUGCUUCCUGAGAUUUUUAACUUUUCAGACCAAAAUGCAACUCUAUUAUAGUAUUUCCUGGUAGUCUUUCCUACUAGGACUAACCAGAUUUGAUCCUGCUUAACUUUUUGAAAUCAGCUAAGGUUAACCAAGUGAGUACACAUGAGCUGUCAUUUACAAAACCAAGUGGAGCAAAUACGAUACAUUUAGAAACAUUUGCUCUUUUUGAGUAAGGAGGGCAACAUUAGUGUACAGUGGCAAAAACAAUCGGGAAUCUUUUGCCAGAUUCCUGGUGUCUUGCUCUUCCUUGAUGAGUAACUGAUUGAUGUAUACAUUAAAGUGCACAAUUAUAUUGAAAUCUCAUGUUUGUUUGUUUUUGGCUUUCCUGUACUGAUGACAGUCAGUAAGAAGUUUUCCCAUAUUGCAAAAUCAAUUAUCUCAUUACAGCGAUUGUAGAACUUUAAGAAAACAUUGCGCAAACUUUAUAGACUGCAGAAAAGUCUGCUUCAUGUGAUGGCUUAACAAUCACGUCUUUUCCUUUGUCCCAUCUCAAAGCUCUGAGCACCUAUCCACAACCAAGUCAAUCAGGCCUAAUUAAUGUGGCUUUAUUAGAGCAUUGCUAUGUUGCAAAAAUAUACAAUUUUUAUAAAACUG